AUGAGCCCACCAUUCUCGGCGGCAUCAUCAAACGAUUCCAUUAGCAAGGAGAAGCGUCAGGUCGAAGAAGACUACCCAAAGUCAUGGGCGUUGGCAUUCCUGCUCGUCGGAUUAUGUCUGGCCGUUUUCGUCAUGUCUGCCGACCGGACUAUCGUGACAACGGCGUUGCCGUACAUUAGCGACGAGUUCCAUUCGUUUCCCAGUUCGGGCUGGUACGCAAGCGCCUACCUGCUCACCUCGUCAGCGCUGCAGCCCACAUUCGGGCGGAUAUUCCACAUGUUCAAUCUCAAAUGGACAUUUUUGGUGGCGAUGGCGAUUUUCAUGGUUGGCAGCGCCGUCUGUGCCUCCGCUGCAAACUCGAACAUCUUCAUCGUCGGCAGGGCGAUUACCGGCGUCGGCAGCGCUGGCAUUCUUAGCGGUUCCUUCGUGACGAUUGCACAUGCCGUUCCGCUUCCCAAGCGACCCGUUUAUACUGCAGGCAUCGGGAUGUUCUAUUCGUUUGGCUCCAUUGCUGGCCCACUUCUUGGGGGUAUCUUCACGUCCGAGGUCACAUGGCGAUGGUGCUUCUGGCUGAAUCUGCCCAUCGGCGCCGUCACUAUCUGCACCAUGGCGGUCUUGUUCAACCCGAGAAAGCGGCACGACACGUCGCGGCUUUCCCUGAGACAGAAAUUGGCACAGCUGGACAUCGGCGGUGGCGUGCUUCUUCUGGGAGGCCUCACUAUGCUCUUCCUUGCAUUCCAGUUCGUGAACGAAGGUACGCCUUGGGGCGACGGGACCAUCAUUGGCCUCCUCGUCGGCAGCUUCGCUACCAUUGCGGUCUUCGUAGGAUGGCUGUGGCGGCGCGGAGAGGAGGCCCUGAUCCCUCUGUCGAUAUUGCGCGGAAGGACGAUGAAGUUUGCGUGCGCCAACGCAUUUUUCCUCUACUCCACGCUAUUGCUGCACGUCUACUACCUUUCCAUCUGGUUGCAGUCGGUGAUGGCACGGAGCGCCAUUUUGAGCGGCGUGGACUUGCUCGCGUACAUCGUGCCGACUGCGCUGGCGACCAUUAUCGCGGGCAUCGUGACCACGAAGACCGGCUACUUCGCUCCACCGGCUUGGAUUGGCUGCGCCAUUGCCACGGUCGGUGCUGGAUUGCUGAUCACGCUGCACACCCACGAGAGCACAGGAGACUGGAUCGGAUACAUGAUUGUCGCCGGAGCGGGCAUUGGUCUGGCCAUCCAACAGGAUUUCACGGCAGCACAAGCGGUGCUUCCUUUCGAGAAAGUCGCGAUUGGGACCGCCACCAUUACCUUCUCGCAGACGAUCGGAGGCGCAUUAGCCGUCUAUGUGGGCAAUAUCAUCAUGAUCGAAGAGCUGCGCGGCGACAGCCUCCCUGGCGUGAACAUGGCGAAACUCAUCGCCGCCGGCGCCACUGCAUUCGAACACAUGCUCUCGCCGGCAGCUCUUGCAGAUGUGAGAGUGGCGUACAGCUCUGCAUUGCGGGACGUCUUCAUCACCGCGACGGUAGCGAGCGGCCUUGCCUUUCUCACCAGUCUGGGGCUGGAAAUGCGUAGCGUGAAGGAUGGCACCAAGUCAGCAGGCGCGAGUGACGAAGAGCGGAAGACAGGGACGAGGGAAGGAAAUAGCCAGUAA